UGUGUUGCUCCCCUUCAACCCCUCGAAAGUAUAUUCUUCAUAUCGGCUGAAAAGUAAGACGCUCGCUAUUAGUUGCUUCUUCCCUCAAGGUACUACUUCGACCCACAAUGAAGGCUGUUUUCCCCAUCCUGGCCUUGGCCACUUCAGUCUUGGCAAGCGAGAAGGAUUAUGAGAGUGUUGCGACCGCCACCACCUACGAAACCACCACGGUCUGCCCCAUCACGAACACGGUCACCUAUGAAGGAUCCGUCUUUGUUGAAACCACACUCACUACAUUGACCAUCACCGUAACUCAAUGUCCAGGUGGUGGCUGUGGAGGCGGGGCUGGUGAAGUGACCGUGACAGGACCAGACACUACCGUUGGGACUACUACUGUCGUCGAGGUUACUUAUACAACGACAUGCCCCGUUACAGAAACAGUCACCGCCCCUGGCGCUACCCAUAUCACUACAUACACGACGACCAGUGUGGUUGUUACCUACAUAGACACAACCAUCGUCGAGACGGCGACGGGACCUGGAACUACCGAGGUCACCGAGGCUGUCGUCUACACUACCCUAACAUCGCUGUGCCCUGUAACUGAGACCAGGACGAUCGAAGGUUCUACGGUUGUGGUUACUUGGACGUCGAGUUCCACCAUUACGACAACAGUUCCCACGACCACCACUGACUUCACUUCGUACACUGUCACCGAGUACGUCUCUACCGAGGUCCUACAGACUAUCACCUGCCCGGUGACAGUCCACACCACCGUCUCGGAUGGCACCACCAUCUAUAUCACCGAGACCAAUACAGAGACUAUUUACACCACCAAGUCGUACACCAUUACCGACCACUUGCCGGCGACCAAAACCCAAGAAGUUGGCGUAACCGUCACUGCUGUGGCCUCGGAGGGCCAGACAGUGACGUCCACCCCGACCGUGUGGGUUGAUCACAGCGCUACUACCAUCGUCACCCAGUCGAACCCCGCCACAGCCGUUCCUUACCCCACAUCAACGAUUGGAGGCUCAGGUCCUAGCGAGGGCGGCAAGUCCUAUACCCCAGCGCCCCCUGCAUCCACCAAUAUCUACACACAGGUCCCCAGUGGCCUCGCCCCACGGGUUACUCCCGCCGCUGUCGUCAUUGCCCUGGCGGGGUUUGUCGCUUUACUGUAAAACAAGCCCACUUCGAAAUAUUGGCCCAUGAGUACGCUGUAAGGGUCAAAUAGCACAGCAAGCAUCCAAAUGUCUUGAGUUGUUUACGGAACUAUAAAGGCACGGGGAAACCCGAGACAAAGGAAUUCAUGAUUGUGAGGUUUUCAUACAAGAAUACUCUUAGACUUUACCGGCGCGCAAAAUGGAAUCUUGCGGUUUUUCUGCUGGAUAAUGACAGGCGAUUCUGCUGAGGGUGGAUCAAUAAUCA